AUGGAAGCGAUCGGUGCCGCUGCCAGCGGCAUAGCCCUGGGCCAGCUGUGCAUAGGCAUCUCCAAAGCCGUCCACCUCUGGCACUCGAUUGAAGAUCUUCCCGUAGACAUUCAAGACGCCGUCGACCGCCUCGAAGCCCUGGGUCCCGUCCUGGAAGACAUGUUCACCAUGAUAUCCAGCUCCGAAGAGGACUACGGCGGUCCGGAUCCGAGUCUCCAAGUACCGGCACGGCACGCGAAGGCGUGCAUAGCAUACGCCACCAAGGCGCAUCACGCCCUCAAGGAUAUGGUCGAGAAGCUAAAAACUGCUACGCAUAAACCGCCAAAAGCGAGUAUCCAUGGCCGCGCGAAACGGAAGAUGAGACUUGCUUGGGCUGGGUUGAAGCGUGAUGAUGUGGUCAAAUUGGAGCGGAGGCUGGAUUCGGCGGUUGGGAUGGUUCUCAUGUGUGUUGGGUCUUAUGAAAGAGCGAUGAUACAAGCAUCUCAUGAUAGGAUAGCUGAGAAGAUGGCCGCGAAAGUAGUCAAAAGCCAGAGGAAGCUACACGAGGUAAGCGAGGAGAGGAUUGCGCAAAAGGUAUCGCACGAAGUGUCAGAACAACUAGAGAAACUGGCGAAACAAUUGCAAGCGCCGGAAAGUUGUCGCGACAAAGAGGAAGAAAGUCCAAAGUAUGUCAUUAUCAGGUCAAAAGCGGCCUGGAUGGGAGCGAAACUACCGUCGUACCAACCCACUGCGAGGGGCCAGCUCGCGACCGUCUGUUCGAGAGAACAGAGCGAAUGGGGUCUAUCUGUCCAGUUCCCAGCUUGGAUAUCCCGAGCUGUGUGGCAGAUACAGAUCAGUUGGAGUAUGACUGGCGGGUGGCAGCAGAGCCUGCGGUCAUUCAGCGUCAGGCCGAGAGAUAGCGAUAUCUUUGUGGCCGUGGGGAGGGGCAAUGUGACAAGCAUGAUGGCCAUGUUCAGUAAAGGAGACGCAUCGCCGCUCGAUAGAGACGAAAACGGCGGGUCUCUAUUAUAUGUUAGUUCUGAAGCCCCUGCCUUUAACGUCUUUUGGAAAGUUAACAUUGCGUCGCAGUAUGCUACUUUCAGAGAGCAACUCGAAGUAUGCCGAACGCUUUUAGACCUUGGCCUCGAAGACCUUAUAGAUGAUGAUGGCGGGUCAAACGAAAGUCCGCUCGGGAGUCUAGUCGAGUCCCGUAAAAACUUAGCAUACCAAUCCGACGACAACCAUCUCAACCUCGUUUCUCUCUUUCAGUCCCGCAGCGCUAACGUACCGACGCUCAACAUGGAGCGUAUGUUCGACUUUAAAAAUGAUAACUCACACAGCGAUGACUGGCUGCGCAUCUUCCAGGACCAGUUUCUCCCGGGCUAUCAUCAACUUCCGCUGCGAGAACGCGCAGAGGCUGUUCGCUUGGGAGCGUUCAUAGUGCUUAGCCAUGAUACCUACAGGCACCUGCUGAGAGAAGACGAUAGAGUGCUUGUAACAGCGGAGGAGAUUAGCGGUUCGGCGGAGGUUGGAUUUUCGCUAGUUCAUUCUGACGCUAUCGCCAUGGGGAAAAGGUUUGCGGAUGAGAUGUCUUACGGCGAGCGUCUUCGUUGCGAGGACGACAAUGACCAAGUAUCGGAGAAUGAAGAUGACGAAGAAGAAUCUAAGGAAAAGAGGAGGAGGACCAUGCCUCGUUUCCACCCAUACAACGACACAUGGAGCCACUCGGUCAGCGAGACUCUCAGAGCCGCGGAUCGAAUACACUUGCACAGAGUUGAGACCAUCAUUCCUUUGGAAGGGUACCGGGUCCCAGUCUGGACAGGCACGCCGUUACUCUCAGUCAUUGGCGGGACCCUCUGCCGCAUCUCGCCCAUAGUUCCAUGGAAUGAGUGGGACGAUGUCUUCAGGAGGGUCUUACGGCAGUGGCUGAGGGCCAUACGAGACGCCGGCAUCGAUCUGUUACAGUACGGUAUAGAUGAGAUGCGAACGCUCGAUUCCGCCACCGCUGCUGACCUCAGAGGGGCAUUUGGCGCCGAAGCGAUGGUGGCCUCGCGAAGACAUGUGCGCAACCCACUCAAGAGGAGAGAGUCGUGGAUGAGAGCGGUAGACCGAGAGCAUUCGAGGAAUGAUCUUUACUGGAUUCCCGUGCGCGUGAUCGGCUUGAGAUAUGGGUCGCGACUCGACGACUGGAGGCUUUGGUGGGCGCCCGAGUUCGAGGUAUUCGCUGCCGAUUUCUGGGCUCUUGUUGAUCGGCCGAGACCAGUCAUGCCAGGCAGCUGGGUUGAAUCAUGA